AGGGAGCCGCCGGAAGUCGCUCAACGGAAAGGCAGGAUGUCCCGCCCCUUCCUCCCAGAGGGAAGACGGUGAGCCGGAGGAGUCAGUCGUAGGGGCAGCAGGCGCGAUCCUGUCGGCAAACAGAUUAUGAGUGCCAAGUAAGCUACCUUGACAGAGGAGCAGUGUCGGCACGAUAGUAAUGAUGGGUACUGAGAAGAAACCAGAGAAUGAUGAGGACGAAGAUGUAAAAAAGGAAGCAGAAGAUUCAAGGAUUGUUUCAUCUCAGGAUGUGGAGUGUAGGCCCUUGUCUGAUUUGGUAGUGAAUUCCUCUGAGAAUUCUGCUAGCAAAAGAGCUCUUUCGGAGUCAUCAUCCGGUGUUUUUGUGGCGGAAGAUGGAAAUAAACAUGCUUCCAAACGAAUGAAAUUCAGUGAAGCUGAGCCCUGUAGGUCCGAAGAGCAGGGUGUUUGCGGGUUAUCUGAAGUGGAGGUCCCGUCUGGUGAAAUGGUGAAGGCGUCCUUCCUGAAUGACUGCUCAGAAGGAGAUACUUGUCCUCCCACCUCGUUUUCCCUUCUCUGCAGUUCUGGCCCAACUGACACUGUUUCUCUGAAAACAGACACUGAGAAGAUGAUUGCUCAGGAAAUGGUUUCCCUUGACCCAGAAACAAAAUCUUUCUCCAGCAAAGAGGUUGUUAGUGUUGGUUGUACCAUCGGGAACAUUGAUUCAGCUUUCAGGUGCAACAUGUGUGACCAUUUGUUUUCUUCUUGCUCGGACUUGGAGAAGCAUGCUGAAUGUCACGAGCCGCCAUCUAAGGAGUCUGCCCACUGUCCCUGCAGCCACGGAGCAGAGAGCAGCCCAGCAUUGCAGACCCAUGCCACACAGACACAUGGGUCACGGACCGUCUUUUCUUGUGACCUUUGUGGUUUUCAGUGUGUGGAAGAGAACCUUUUGAAUGCACAUUGUCUUGGAAAAACACAUCUCCGGCGCCAGAAUCUUGCUGCUCGUGGAGGAUUUGUGCAGAUCUUAACAAAACAGCCUUUUCCUAAGAAGUCAUGUACCAUCGGAACAAAGAGUGUUCGCAUAAAACCAAGAGCAUCUAAACAAAUAGCAAAGAAUAGUGAUUCAAAAGGACUAAGACAUGGUGAAAGCAAAUUUAAAGAUUUCAGAGGCAGCAUUUCUAAGCAGAGUGGAAGUAGCAGCGAACUUCUUGUUGAAAUGAGGCCGUCCAGGAGUACUGUGCUAGAAAAGGGAGAGAUUGUUGAAGAAAAUGUCCCUUCCUUUGGUACAACUCGAAACCCUGAAAACCAGAGUAAAAAGUUAGGAGCAUUAGUAGGCUCACAGGGUCUCUUAGAUAAAUUGGAAUCUACCAAAAAGACUCUACAGACAGCACAUGGUAUCAGCUCAACCUCGAGACCGAGACCUGAGAGAAACAUUCUCAUGUUGGCUAAUAGCUUCCGACGACGAAGUGGCACUUUCCCCUUAAAAAGCCAAGCCAAGAAAAGGUUUAAUCUUUUAGGAAUUAAUAAACGGGGCACUAGUGAAACUCCCAGGAUGUAUAUGAAACACGUUAGAGCACAGAUGAAAACAGGUGAUUCAGAGUCCAUGCCUAAACACAUAGAAAUGGGUGGCAGUACCCACAGUCUGUGUGUGUCUUCCUCAGAAACCCUGGACCUGAAGCAGGAUGAAAGAAAUGCCCACCAUGUGAGCUACUUUGAUCCUUCCACAGUGAGGGCAGCUUCUGACCGUCAGAUGUCAUGUUCUUGUACAGACUGUGGCCAGGUGUCUACAAGUAGGACAGAGUUGGAAGUCCACAUGAAAAGGUGCCAUGCAAGAGAUGUAAAAUUGUUCUGCCAGACAUGUGACGUUUCCAGCAUGUCUAGGAGGGACCAACAUGAACAUUUGCACAAUCACCAGCUUCAGCAAACUGCCUCUGUCCUCAAUUGUCAGUGCUGCUCAUUUAUUUCCUUGAAUGAAACACAUCUUAGAGACCACAUGAAGGAAAAGCACAGUAUGGGCUUUCUCUGUUCUCCCUGUAAUCUGUUCUUCUUGUCUGAGAAGGAAAUGGAGGAACACAAGACAACUGAGAAGCAUAUUCGCUUAUUGGUUCAACCAAAGACUUCUCAAUCGUUUAACAAUGAUUUGGUUUUACAGACUUUACCUUUAAGGACUUUGGAAUCAGAAAACACAAAGGAUUCUAUGAGCCAGUUAGGAAGAGUGGCUCAGGAAGAACUAACUAAGACCCGGGUAAGCUAUGGAAGUGAAGUAAGGCAUUCAAAUAAGCCUCAAUUUCAGUGUAAGAAGUGCUUUUAUAAAACACGGUCCUCCACUGUUCUCACACGACACAUAAAGCUCCGGCAUGGUCAGGACUACCACUUUCUUUGUAAAGCAUGUAAUCUCUAUUCAUUGAGCAAAGAAGGAAUGGAGAAACACAUUAAGAGAAGCAAACAUCUUGAAAAUGCUAGGAAAAAUAAUAUUGGCUUAAGCUUUGAAGAAUGUAUUGAAAGGGUUUGUAUAGGUGCAAAUGACAAGAAAGAAGACGUUACGAUUUCUGCAAACGAGAGGACAGAAGGCGACAUAGAAGGUGAGCAAUUGCAGGAACAUAACUCUUUGGAGAAGAGCAUACUCACUGCCAAGGAACAGCCACAGUCUGGCGUAAUCGCCAAAGAUGAUGAGUUAGCCUUGACCACCACUCCAAAGAGAGGGAGACCCAAAGGUAACAUCUCACGGACAUGUUCACACUGUGGCCUCUUGGCCUCUAGUAUUACAAAUCUGACCGUUCACAUUAGACGAAAACAUAGUCACCAAUACAGUUACUUAUGUAAAGUGUGUAAGUAUUAUACUGUAACUAAGGGAGAUAUGGAGCGUCAUUGUGCCACCAAGAAACAUAAAGGACGUGUAGAAAUAGAAGCAAAUGGAAAACAAAGUUCAGAUAUCAUUAUUGGCCCUGAAAGAGGUAACCUUGAAGCCUGUAGUAGGAGCACCAGUUCAGAUGAACAAACUAAUAAGUCAGCUGAACCAGAUCCCUCCAGUUCAGAAAAAACAGGACAAGAGCAAAGAGAUCAAGUUGAAAUUGAAGUUGAAAAUGUAUUUCAUUCUACAGAUGGGGAAGCUGGCAGUCACGCUAUUGAUGAGAAGGAACAAGUAACUCUAGAACCAGAGGCCCUGGUGCAGCAAAGGGAAGUAUGCUCGCAGAGAGGUGCCCUGAGCACAAGUGACAAUAAAUGUGCACACUGUGAGUUUAGUGCUCACUCUUCAGCUUCCCUAGAAUUGCAUGUAAAACGGAAACACACAAAAGAAUUUGCGUUUUAUUGCAUGGCAUGUGAUUACUAUGCCGUGACUCAUAGAGAGAUGACCAGGCAUGCAGCAACAGAAAAGCACAAGGUGAAAAGGCAGUCUCACCUGAAUUCUUCUGACGUGGGAGCAAGUCCUUCAGAAAUGUCCAAAAACAUCAUCAUACCUGAGGAGCAGCAUCAACAAAAUUCUGAAGAAUUCCAGAUAAUUUCAGGCCAAUCACCUGAAACUCUUAAAUCUAGAAAUGCUACUGGCCAUUCUGUUUUAGAUGAGAAUACUAACUUAGACAUGUCUAAAGUACUCUGUGUUCCUGACUCUAUAGAAGUUGAGACUGAAGAAGACUCUAAUCUUAGUGAAGGUCCUCCGUUUUGUGAAACUUUGCAACAACCCCUUGCCAAGGACAAAGUUAGGAGACUCGAGGAAGAGGUGACCCUUAACAUUUCCUCUAAUGGCUCACCAAGCAAAUUUCAGAAUGAAAAUUCGGGAAGCUCAGCUUUAAUUUAUGAGACAACAAAGACCAAUCACAAUAAGUUGAAUGACAUUGGUGAUCCAACUGCACAUGGUGAUAGUGAUGGAGGGAAUGGAGGAGACCAUGAAGGUGAAAUCCUCAGUAAACAUGGAUGUCUUGGAGUCCUGGAUGGAGCUCAUUCAGUUGAAAGCACCGUCCCUGUUGUGAUGAGAAUGAUGGAAGGACAGCUAAACCUGGAUAGCCGUGGUCAAGACCAAGUUGGAAAUAUGCAGAGUUCAGUGGAUUUGAAAACUAUGCAAGGAGAUUCUAUCUUGGAAAAUAAGGAAAUUCUGAUGAAUUCCCAACAAGAAACUGAAAUUGUUAUAGAAGAGGAUGGUCCAGCUUCUGAUAGCACGGUUGAAAGUAAUGAUGUUUAUGAAACUAUAAUUAAUGUUGAUGAUAAAGGACAGGCCAUGUACAGUUUUGGCCGGUUUGAUUCUUCCAUAAUAAGAAUAAGGAACUCAGAAGAUGGUGAAUUGAUAGACCAGUGUGAAGAGGGUCUGAUAACAACAGAAGUGAGAAUGAGUGAGUCCCCCUUAAAAGACUGUGCUCAAGGAGUGAAAAAGAAGAAAUCUGAAGGCAGCUCCUUUGGUGAAUCCACACGAAUCCGUUGUGAUGACUGUGGUUUCUUAGCAGAUGGGUUAAGUGGACUGAAUGUUCACAUAGCCAUGAAGCAUCCUACAAAGGAGAAACACUUCCAUUGUUUGCUGUGCGGCAAGUCCUUCUACACAGAGAGCAACCUGCAUCAGCACUUGGCUAGUGCUGGCCACAUGAGAAAUGAACAGGCCAGCGUGGAAGAGCUCCCGGAGGGCGGGGCCACCUUUAAAUGUGUCAAAUGUACAGAGCCCUUUGAUUCGGAGCAAAAUUUAUUUCUGCAUAUUAAAGGGCAGCAUGAGGAACUGCUCCGGGAGGUGAAUAAGUACAUAGUGGAAGACACUGAGCAAAUCAACCGAGAGCGAGAGGAGAAUCAGGGAAAUGUCUGCAAGUAUUGUGGCAAGAUGUGUCGCAGUAGCAAUUCUAUGGCGUUCCUGGCCCACAUCCGCACUCAUACAGGAUCAAAACCAUUCAAGUGCAAGAUCUGCCAUUUUGCAACAGCUCAGCUUGGCGAUGCCAGAAACCAUGUCAAAAGGCACCUUGGGAUGAGGGAAUACAAGUGUCAUGUGUGUGGGGUUGCUUUUGUAAUGAAGAAGCACUUAAAUACUCAUCUGCUAGGCAAACAUGGAGUUGGCACCCCCAAAGAAAGGAAAUUUACAUGCCACUUGUGUGAUAGAAGUUUCACCGAGAAGUGGGCCCUGAACAACCACAUGAAGCUGCACACGGGAGAAAAGCCUUUCAAGUGUACAUGGCCCACGUGUCACUACUCCUUCCUCACGGCCUCCGCCAUGAAAGACCACUACAGGACACAUACAGGCGAGAAGUCGUUCCUGUGUGACCUCUGUGGCUUCGCUGGCGGGACCCGGCACGCCCUCACCAAGCACCGCAGGCAGCACACAGGGGAAAAGCCUUUCAAAUGUGACGAGUGUAACUUUGCCUCCACAACCCAGUCUCACCUGACUCGGCACAAACGGGUGCAUACGGGAGAGAAGCCCUACCGAUGCCCCUGGUGUGACUACAGGUCAAACUGUGCUGAAAAUAUCCGCAAGCACAUUUUACAUACUGGCAAACACGAGGGGGUCAAGAUGUACAACUGUCCCAAGUGUGACUACGGCACAAACGUCCCUGUGGAGUUCCGGAACCACCUGAAGGAACAGCACCCCGACAUCGAGAACCCUGACCUGGCUUACUUGCAUGCAGGCAUAGUUUCCAAGUCCUACGAAUGCCGCUUGAAGGGCCAAGGCGCCACGUUCGUGGAGACGGACAGCCCCUUCACUGCGGCUGCGCUGGCGGAGGAGUCCCCGGUCAAAGACAGGCCCCUGCGCAGCAGCCGGCGGGCCGCGGCGGCGCCCGAGCAGGUGCAGCAGGUCAUCAUCAUCCAGGGCUACGACGGGGAGUUCGCCCUGGAUGCCUCUGUGGAGGAGACGGCCGCGGCCACGCUGCAGACGUUGGCCCUGGCCGGCCAGGUGGCCCGCGUGGUGCACAUCACGGAAGACGGGCAGGUCAUCGCCGCGAGCCCCGGCGGAGCGCACGUGGGCAGCGGGGCGCAGGGGCCAGCACUGCAGGAGCAGAUGGCAGAGGAAGCCACCCAGGUGGUGGUGGUGGGGGCCUCCGUGGAAGGUCACGUGGCCGAGCCUCUCAGCCCGGGUGGCGCAGUGAUACAGCAGGUGACCAAGCAGGAGAUCCUAGACCUCAGCGAGGGCGCCAUCCCCCAGCCUGACCCGGCCUCUGCCCUGGACGCCCUGCUGUGUGCGGUCAGUGAGCUGGGAGGGGCAGAAGGCAGGGCUGGGCCUGAGGACAAGGGCAGGGCCGGCCACAGAGAUGUGCUGGUCCAGCUGCCCGGGCAGGAGGAGCCCCCCUCUGAGGCCACCGAGGUCCAUGUGUUCCCGGACGUGGCGGGGAGUCCCGCCACCCUGGAGCCCAUGGAGGUCCUGACCCAGGUGGUGCAGCCCUCUGCUGUGGUCGCCUCGCAGGAGCGCGCCCAGGUGACCUUCAAGAAGAUGGUCCAGGGCGUCCUCCAGUUCGCCGUGUGUGACUCGGCCGCGGCCGGGCAGCUGCUGAAAGAGGGCGUCACCCAGGUCAUCGUGAACGAGGAGGGUGCGGUCCACAUGCUGGCGCGGGAGGGCUCGCAGAUCGUCAUGCAGGAGGCGGGGGCCCUGGGACAGCACGCGGAGCAGGACGGGGAGAUCUCACAGAUCAUUGUCACCGAGGAGCUGGUCCAGGCCAUGGUCCGCGAGUCCGGUGGCAACUUUCCUGAGGGCGCAACCCAUUAUAUUGUGACCGAACUGCCCCCCGGGGUGCAGGAUGAGACGGCCAUGUACUCCCACACCGUGAUAGAGACAGCCGACUCGCAGGAAAUCCUGCAAGCAGGGGCCAUGGUCCCCAGUGGGACGGAACAGUUGACCAGCAUGGUCAUUUACACCCAAGAGGGCUCCCCGGCAGCCACGGUCAUUCAGAGCCAAAGAGAGAGUCACGAACUCCAAGAAGCCUGAGGCACAGGUCAUGCGUGGAAAGAGCAGCACAUGUGGACACAGUGGUCCCUGCUCAACAAUGACAGUGUAGCUCAAAGGAGCACCGAACACACUCUGGUCCAGGGUUCACACUGCUGCUUAAAAGCACGCGGUCCCAGGAAGCCCCAGUGGAGGGAUGAGAGCCUGCAGCCAGGGGCCAGCAGCAGAGCUGCAAAUGGAGGCAGGGCCCUGCCCCCCAGAUCUGCUCAGUUUGGUUCUGUUGAUAAAGGUUUUCCCCUCUGUCCCUUCCAUUGUACCGAGGAGAAUCUGAGUUUUCUUUUCUGUAUCACCACCCCACGCCCCCACACACGAAUGUUUUCUCACUUCCGUUCUCAAAGGACGGUGCCCCACUGGUGGACAUGUAAGCACAGUGUGUUUGUGGCUUGAGACCUGUCUGCUCAGCAACCCAGCAUGUAGCCGCCUACACAUUUUAUUCUACAUUCGGUUAAAACUGCAGCUGCAAGUAUGACUGUAUUGACGUAACCCACCCCUGUUCAUUUUGUUGAAAUGUGUCCCCAGACCAAAGGAAGCCUGUCAUUCAUCUCCCCCGUGAGUUUGCUCUCUUCAGACGUGGCAGGUGUAUUCAGAGCUCUGGUUGUCCUCUGCUUAAAAGAACCUCCUAAAGCCUGCGGUUAAAAAGCCUUGGAGUUCAUGUUUCAUUAAAAUGCACCCAGGUUAAGUCAACCCUUAAAAAUAAGUGCUUCUUAUUUUGACUUCAUUUCAUAUAAUAAAGUCUCUAUAUGAAACACACACUCUGGAAAAUACUGUUCAUACCAAUGUAUUGUUUUUCCUAACACGUUCAUAUCUGUGUCCCGGUUGCGGGAUUUAUGUGUAAUUUAUGUCAGUGAAAGACUGACGUUACACCAACAGGAAGCCCCCCUGCAGCCCGCCCUGACCACGCUGUCUGUGCAGCUCUGGUCCACUGCAGCUGUGGUCACUACUCCCAGUCGUUUGUUUCUGGAUACAGUUGCUCUUCUCCCUUUUCCAAAAUUGUAAAAUAAUUCCCUCCCCCCAUGCACAGGUUGUUUUGUUCUGUUUCUUUUUUUUUCUUUGAAAUAAAAGUAUAGCAUUAAAGAGAA